CAAAGGAAAAGCAAUCGUAACUGAAGCUCCCCUCGACGCUUGACCAAAUCUCCAUUGUAUUCAAGGUUCAAGCUCCUUCUUCCUCUUUCUUCUUCGAUGGCUCUGUGAACAACUUCUCUAAAAUCUCAAGAAAGAAGACGAAGAAUCAUGUGGGUGUUCUAUCUGAUCUCGCCUCCUUUGACCAUGGGGAUGGUGAUAUUCACGCUAAGGUACUUUGCCGGACCAGAUGUCCCUCGUCAUAUCCUAUUUACCGUCGGUUACACUUGGUUCUGCUCUCUUUCCUUCAUCAUCCUCGUCCCCGCCGACAUUUGGACUGCUAUGAUUGAUCAUGACAAUGGUGGGAUUUCUUUCUUCUGGAGUUGGUCAUAUUGGAGUACAUUUUUACUUACUUGGGCCGUGGUGCCUAUCCUUCAGGGUUAUGAAGAUGCUGGGGAUUUCACUGUUACAGAAAGAUUGAAGACCAGCAUACAAGUGAAUUUGGUAUUUUACCUGAUUGUUGGUGCUGUAGCAUUUUGUGGACUUGUACUGCUUAUUCUUUUGCACAAAAACUGGAGUGGUGGCAUAAUUGGUUUUGCCAUGGCAUGUGCAAAUACAUUUGGGCUAGUCACUGGUGCAUUUCUCCUUGGCUUUGGUCUAAGUGAAAUCCCAAAAGGUAUUUGGAUAAAUGCUGACUACAGUACUCGCCAAAAGGUUCUAUCCCAUAAAGUCGCUCGGAUGGCUGUAAAACUUGAUGAUGCUCAUCAAGAUCUUUCAAACGCUAUUGUUGUUGCUCAAGCAACAUCGAAGCAAAUGUCAAAGCGUGACCCCUUAAGACCAUACAUGAAUAUCAUCGAUAAAAUGUUGAUGCAAAUGCUUACAGAAGAUCCUUCUUUCAAACCCCAAGGAGGAAGGUUAGGAGAAAAUGAUAUGGAUUAUGACACGGAUGAAAAAUCUAUGGCAACACUAAGACGCCAACUAAGAAUAGCACGGGGCGAGUACUAUCGUUAUAAAAGUGAAUAUAUGAAUUUCGUGACGGAAGCUCUUGAAUUGGAGGACACUAUAAAGAAUUAUGAGCAACGCAGUGCAACUGGAUGGAAAUAUAUUUCAAGCUUCAGGCCUCAGCGUCCGGGGAAGCUAGGGUCUAGUCUCGAUUCUAUUGAGUUGGUAUGGCGGUGUAUACUGCGGAAGCAACUCAAAAAGCUUUCAGCUAUCAUAUUAGGUUGUUUGACAGCUGCAAUUCUUCUAGCAGAAGCCACUAUACUGCCCAGCGGAGUCGAUUUUUCACUUUUCUCUAUUUUGAUUAAUGCCAUUGAAACAAAUGAAGUGCUUGUGCAGGUUGUUGGUUUCAUUCCUCUGAUGUAUAUGUGUGUUUGCACUUACUAUUCUUUAUUCAAAAUCGGAAUGUUGACAUUCUACUCACUUACUCCAAGUCAAACAAAUUCAGUCAGUCUGCUUAUGAUAUGCUCGCAGGUGGCACGGUAUGCACCUCCAAUCUCAUACAACUUUCUAAAUCUCAUCCAUCUUCCACGUGAUGCCACAACUCUCUUUGAACGGAGAAUGGGAAAAAUUGAUGAUGCAGUCCCUUUUUUUGGGGAAGGAUUCAAUAAGAUCUAUCCACUUAUUAUGGUCGUAUAUACCAUAUUGAUUGCAAGCAAUUUUUUCGACCGAGUUAUGAGUUAUUUUGGGAACUGGAACAUAUUCCGAUUGAGAAAUGAAGCUGAUGAUGACCUUGAUGGAUAUGAUCCUUCAGGAUUGAUGAUCCUGCAAAAAGAACGCUCGUCGCUUGAGAAAGGACAUAAAGUUGGUGAACUUGUCAUUCCUCUUGCAAGACAUUUCAAUGGUGCAAGUGUGGAUGUUGAAUCUGUAAGAGAUAGCACGAUUGCAAUUGAUUCAAGGCAAACAACCUCUUUAAUCGACAAAGGAAACCGAGGUUAUUCAGAACUAUCAAAAACAGAUGGUCGUGAUAAUGUCAGCAAAGACAUUAUUACCAGAAAAUAUGAAGUGUCAAGGACAGAUCAGUCCACAAACUCAACCACCUCCAACUUCUCUUCACUCGAUAUAGACAAAAACCAGGGCAUGGAAAGUGGACAAUCGUCGAAAAUAGUCUCAACUUGGGUAUCGAUGAAAUCAAAUUUCCAAAACUUCAGAUCUAACAUGGAGGCCAGGCGAUUCAUACCGUUACGCCAGGUUCAAGAUCCACAAGUACCUCAAGACUCUUCUUCAGAAUCACUCGAUGAUAUUUUUGAGAGGUUAAAACGAACGACACAAGAUCGACAAAGUGAUUUUCAAGGACGUCCGUGAAAAGCACACAAAUGAUACGUUGUAAAUUUUCUUUUAUAGCACCCACCAUCAACAGAAACAUUCUUUCUGCAAAUUAUUGGAUGGAAAGAGAGUAGCAUACAUAGAGGGAGAAUACAGCAAUUAUUUGAAUAUCCCAUGUAUUAAUUAUUAUAUAAUAUAUAUUAAAGAAAUUAGACUUCAACAUCUAAA